AUCAUCUACAUCUCUCCAUUCCCACCCAUGGCUGCAACAUCAUCACCCCUUCCCGCCAUUUCUAACAACAACUUUUUUAUCCAAACCUCCAGACCCCAUGUAACCCCAACCCGAGUCCGACCCGGAACCACCCGUUCCUCUCUAUCAUCACAAUCACAGUCUCUAUCCUCAGCUAAAUCCAACCUCCUUGAUCUAAUUUCCAAUCAAAACAGAGGCAUCUCCACACAAUCUGACCCUCAAAAGCUUUUGCAGAUAACCGAUGCUAUCGACACAAUCGCGCUGCUAAACCGUGAUCAGAUCACCACCAAUAAUGCUUCCCUCUCUGGCACGUGGCGGUUGCUUUGGACCACCGAGAAAGAACAACUUUUUAUCAUCAAGAAUGCCGGUUUCUUUGGUACUAAAGCUGGAGAUGUUUUGCAAGUUAUCGAUGUCGAGAAACGAAACUUGAACAAUGUGAUUACUUUCCCUCCGGAUGGUGUUUUUUUUGUUAGGUCUGAUAUCGAAAUCACUUCUUCACAACGUGUUGAUUUUAGGUUUACAAGUGCAGUUUUACGUGGAAAAGACUGGGAGUUUCCCCUGCCACCAUUUGGCAAAGGAUGGUUUGAUUCAAUCUAUUUGGAUAGUGAUAUUCGAAUUGCUAAAGAUAUACGAGGAGACUACUUGGUUGUUGAUCGUGCUCCUUACGAAUGGAAAGAGUGAGAGUUGGUUUGUAUCAAGAUUUCUGUUCAAUCUUACCUGCAUGAACAUAAAAGCUUCUGAGGACUUCAGUGAUAGGGUGCUAAUCUGUUUGCCAUACAAUUAUACAAAGGUCAUUUCUAAAGUUUAGUUGUGGUAGAUUUUGCCUGUAUAUAUAUAUGUGUGUGUGUGUGUGUGUGUGUAGUGAUACCUAUAAGGCUAUAACACUUGAUUUUGUGUCAUAAAGUAUCAUUUUAUGGAGCUUUUUCCAUUGAUUUAAUGUUA